ACCAUCUGUGGUUUUAAACCCAAGCCUUUUUCUUUUUCUCGAUCUAUGCAGUGAUGGACCUGAUCUACUGGAAGGACAUGGAGCGGACGGGGAUGGUGCUCACAGGGCUGGUGGUGGGGCUGCUGUCGCUGUUCCAGCUGAGCAUCAUCUCUGUGGUGUCCACGCUCUCCCUGGCCAUCAUGUGCUUCACCAUCUCUGUCAGAAUCUACAACAAACUGCUGCAUGUGCUCCAGCUGGGAGAUGGAGUUCACCCUUUCCAGUCAAAUUUAGAGUUGGACAUCAGUUUAAGUGGGGAAGAGGUGCAGCACUACAUGCAGAAGGCCAUUGUGCUGUCCUGUUCUGCCGUAGACACAAUAAGGAACCUCAUCUUUGUGGGCAACCUGUUCAACUCCCUCAAGUUCUUGUUGCUGAUGUAUCUGGUCACGUUCCUGGGAAACCUCUGCAAUGGCCUUACCUUGCUCAUCAUCGGUGUGAUUGCUGUCUUCUCUGUCCCUCUGUUUUACACAAGGCACCAGGACAAAGUGGACAGCUGCUUUAUAGCAGUGCAAGCCCACAUUGACAACAUAAAGGACUUCCUUCAUCGGCUGACCCAGGGUGGCGGACCACCCCCGGACCCCACUCCAGGUGGAGCUAAACCCAAAGUCCAUUGAGACACACCUCACAGAGGAGGAGGAGCUACAAGCUGUCACUCAAAAAUGUCUUAAUUAGCAGUUUGUGCUCAGAGUCCCGCCUCUGCAGCAGUGGGGGAGGGGCUAAUGACACAGGGCCUUAUAUAGGAGGAGAUACGGAUUUAAGGGAGGACCAUGCAAAGAACAAUCUUGGAUGAAAAUCAAAGGCUUUGGAAUUCUGAGAAGUUAAAGACACGUUUUAAUUUCCACAUUUCAGUAUCAGUAUGAGUGUAUGAAUGAAACACAGACCACUAGGAUACUUGAACCACCUGUACAAUAACAGCCCCUUGAGAGUUAUCUGAAUAAACAUGGAUGACUUCAGUGAAGGAAAAGCAGUGACGGCUUUCUGAAUCCAGACUGACUGCAGUUCACCUGCCAGGAAAAUAAUGCAGGACCAGUUUCCAAAUGGGGUUUUUACUUAUGACAGUCUCGAAAUAUCUCGUUGUGUCUGUGUGUGUGUAUGCGUGGCCAGCUUAAGCCUGUUAAAGUACCUAAGAGCUAUUAAAACCACAAUGUUAUUUUCUUUUCCAA